GAAUUGGCUUCAGAUUCUCCUUUGUGGAACCACCAAGGAUCAUCUAACGCAACCAUGAUGGGCAAGGUCAUCUUCUACGAGGACAGGAACUUCCAGGGUCGCUCUUAUGAGUGUAUGGGAGACUGUGGUGACUUCUCCUCCUACAUGAACCGUUGUCACUCUUGCAGAGUGGAGAGUGGCUGCUGGAUGAUGUACGAUCAGCCCAACUACAUGGGAAGUGGAUAUUUCUUCAGGAGAGGAGAGUAUGCUGAUUACAUGUCUAUGUUUGGAAUGAACAACUGCAUCAGGUCCUGCCGUAUGAUCCCUAUGUACAGAGGAUCCUACAGAAUGAGGAUCUACGAGAGGGACAACUUCAUGGGUCAGAUGUACGAGAUGAUGGAUGACUGUGACAGCAUCCAGGACCGUUACCGCAUGUCUCACUGCCAGUCUUGCCAUGUGAUGGACGGCCACUGGCUCUUUUAUGACCAGCCCCACUACAGAGGCAGGAUGUGGCACUUUGGGCCUGGACAGUACAGGAACUUCAGCAACUAUGGUGGCAUGAGGUUCAUGAGUAUGAGGCGUAUCAUGGACUCCUGGUACUAGUGUCCCUAGUGUACUAGUAAUGUCUUAAUAAAAUAAAUUGUCACCAA